UUGGAGAGGGAAGAAAGCCAGGAGUCUCCCUAGGAUAAACUUCCCCUAUUACUAGGACAGCAAACUAGACAGCCCAGAGAAAUAGAAAGAUUUAGUCAAUACCAUAUUGUUAAGUCAACCACUGUGGCUCCAGAUUUUCUUCAGAGCCUGCCUUUUUGGGACCCUCAGAGGGAAGGCAUGGAUUGGGGAAAGGAGACAUCAGAAGCCUAGAUGAGAAGGACAUAAAUCAAGAGUCAGGGGAGCAUAGCAGGCCAGAGAGGAAGGAGAGGAUGAGGAAGAAGAAGAGGGGGGAGUCUUGGCUGACUAAUCGAGUUUCUGGAUUCCUUUCUCAGGAAUGGUUAUGAAGAUGCUGAUUCUAACACUGGUUCUCAUCACAGCAGCCUGGGCAGAGGAGAAGAAUAAGCUGGUGCAAGGAUCAUCCUGUGAGAAGAGUUCUCACCCCUACCAAGCUGCCCUCUACAACUCAGGCCACUUGCUCUGUGGUGGGGUCCUCAUUCACCGAGAGUGGGUUCUCACCGCUGCCCACUGCAAAAAACCGAAUCUUCAAGUCUUCCUGGGGAAGCACAAUCUUCAUCAAACUGAAAGUUCUCAGGAACAGAUCUCUGUUGUCCAGACUGUGACCCACCCUGGCUACACCAAUGCCACCCAUGACCAGGACAUCAUGCUGUUGCGCUUGGCACAACCAGCUGAUCUCUCUGACCUCAUCAGGCCACUGCCCGUGGAGAGGGACUGCUCCUCCAGUGAAACCAACUGCCAAAUCCUGGGCUGGGGCAAGACAGCAGAUGGUAAUUUCCCUGACACCAUCCAGUGUGCACAUGUCAACCUGGUGCCUCGUGGAGAGUGUGAGCGUGCCUACCCUAACCAGAUCACCCAAAACAUGGUGUGCGCUGGGGAUAAGAAGUAUGGGAGAGAUUCCUGCCAGGGUGAUUCCGGGGGUCCCCUGGUGUGUGGAGGCCGUCUCAGAGGUCUCGUAUCAUGGGGCAACAUCCCCUGUGGGUCAAAGGCGAAGCCAGGAGUCUACACCAAUGUCUGCAGAUAUUUCAAUUGGAUUAAAAAAACCAUUAAUGCCAGGAGACGCUGCCGAGUGCCGGGAGUCCAGGAGGAGGCUGCAGCGGCAGCAGGACAGGGUAAGCUUGAGAGGUCUGCUGGACGACCUGGGAGCGGGCUUCCCACCCCCUACCUGGGGAACGUGGCAGGUGCGGUGGCCAUGGCUACAGCAGGAGCCAGCUGGACCUGGAUGCUCUGCACCCUCAUCAUGGUCCUGAUUCUGGGGGUCACAGAGCCUCUUCUCGCAGAUGAGGGUUCCUGCGAUAAUCCCUCACCUACUGGGCCCUCUGGGAAUAACCGGGACCUUGGAGCUGGAGCUGAGGAAGACGCUCGGGAGGACGACAGCAGCAGCCGCAUCCUAAACGGGACCGACUGCAAGGCACACUCCCAGAAAUGGCAAGCGGCGCUGUUGAUGAAACCCAACCAUCUCUACUGCGGCGCAGUGUUGGUGGCUCCGCAGUGGCUGCUCACGGCUGCCCACUGCAGGAAGCAUAUUUCCAGAAUCUUUCUCGGUCGACAUUCCCUGUCACCGGUCUAUGAAUCCGGGCAGCAGAUACUCCAAGGGAUCAAAUCGAUUCCCCACCCUGGCUACUCUCACCCUGGCCACUCCAGUGACCUCAUGCUUAUUAAAAUGAAUAGAAAAAUCCAUGAGAAUCAGAACAUCAAGCCCAUCAACAUCUCCUCCCAUUGUCCAUCUGCCGGGACCACCUGCAUGGUAUCUGGCUGGGGAACAACCAGCAGCCCCCAGGUUAAAUUCCCCAAGGCCCUUCAGUGCUUGAACAUCACUGUGCUGAGUGACGAGAGAUGCAGGAAGGCCUACCCAGGCCAGAUAGAUCGCACCAUGUUCUGUGCUGGAGACAAGGGGGGCAGAGACUCCUGCCAGGGUGACUCCGGGGGCCCCGUGGUCUGCAAUGGCAUGCUGCAGGGCCUCGUGUCCUGGGGAGAUUUCCCCUGUGGCAAACCCAGCAAACCCGGCGUCUACACCAACCUCUGUCAGUUCACCAAGUGGAUACAUGGCACCAUCAAAUCGAACUCAUGAGUCAUCCCAGGACCCAGCAUUCAGCUCCCGUCUCCACCACCACAAGUCCCCACUCCUGCAGGGACCCCCAACACUCCUUCCAGACCCCCGUUACU